CACUUGCCACCGCUAUCGAUAUAUUUGUGCGAACCUAUCGGGCUUACCUAAUUUUCUGGUAAAUAUGCGGCCCAAUUUGUUUUCCGGCGCCUCGCGGCUCUUGACAUGCAGCCGGAAUGGAAAACUUCUGACUCGGGGAAGGAGCACCAAGGCCACCUCCAGCAGCCUGGACGCACAGCACCAGGAUGCGGCGACCACAGAGGGAGGAAGAUCGGAAUCCGUGGAGGAGUCGCCGGAGCAGCAGCAAAAACUGCCCACCAGGGAGCCACUGGCCAAGAACUUCUUCAUCGGGGUCGUGGACAAGGAGCUGCUGGCCUAUCCGGAGGUGAUACCCCGGGAUGAGAUGGCCCAGCUGGAGAAUUCCCUGCUGCCGCUGAAGAACUACUUCGGGGAGCCCCGGGAAACGGAGGAGACCUCCCCGGAGACUCUGCGCCAGCUGGGACUCUAUGGACUAAAUGUGUCCACAGAUUUCGAGGGCAAAGGCUUUGGCUGGAGUGCCAGUCUGAUGGCCAGUGAGCCGGAUUCAACGGAUAUCAAUGUAACCCUGGGCCUACAAACGCAUCGCGUGGUCGUGGAUCUUCUGAAGGAGGUGGGAACUCCGCUGCAACAGCAGAGGUAUCUCCAGGACUUGGCCACUGGCAAACUGGUUGGCACCGAGGCUAUAUAUGAGAUCUCUCCACCCGAGGAGGACUACUUCAGCACCCAAGCAGAGUUUGUGCAAGAAACCGGAAAGUGGCAGCUCAAUGGCGAAAAAUCUUUUGUAAUCUGCACACCCGGCGAGCGGCAGCUUUUCCUGGUCCUGGCCCAAACCCAACAGCCGAGUGUGCCGGGAGCUUUGGGCCGUGGCACAACCAUCUUCCUGGUUGAUUCCCAGCAGGAAGGAGUGCGCCUGGGCGAAAAGCACGCCACAUUCGGUACCCGGAAAGCGGAAAUCAGGCGUGUGCACUUCGACCACGUUAAAUUGGGAGCGGAUCAGGUGGUGGGCUUACCCCACGACGGCAACCGGUACUCGGAGCAGCUGGUGCGAUCCUCCCGCUUGAGGGGCAGCCUGGUGGGCGUGUCGUUGGCCAAGAAACUGCUAAACGAAUUGGCCCAGUACACUGUGGGCACCACUCAGUGUGGAGUCCAACUCCAGGACCUAGAGCUCCCCCGCAUCCACAUGUCGCGAGCAAUGUGCUCCGUCUAUGCGAUGGAGAGCAUGCUCUACUUGACCGCCGGCUUGCUGGAUGAGUUCCGUGCCCAGGAUGUGACUCUGGAGACUGCCAUAACGAAGUACUACACCCUGCGACAGCUGUACGCCAUUGCCUCCCAGAACCUCGGACUCGUGGGACCCAAGAGUCUGCUUGGCGGCGAGGCCACGGAGCUGGGACUACGAGAUGCAGCGCAGCUGUGCACGCAAGGUGAAUCCCUGGACACCUUGGGCAUGUUCAUUGCCCUGACCGGAUUGCAGCAUGCGGGGCAAGCCAUGAAUACGGGCGUGCGAAAGUCCAGAAAUCCCCUCUUCCAUCCUGGCCACAUUUUUGCCAAGUUCCUGGACACCAACAGCAUCGACAAUCCCAAGACCAAGAUGCAGCUUUCGGAGCACGUGCAUCCUUCCCUAGAGGCGGCUUCCCAGUGCAUUGAGCAGUCAGUGGCGCGUCUCCAAAUGGCUGUGGAGCUGAUGUUCACCAAGCACGGAAACGCGGUGGUGGAGCGGCAAAGUGAAAUGCAGCGCCUGGCGGAGGUGGGCACCCUUAUCUAUGCCAUGUGGGCCAGUGUGGCGAGGGCUUCCCGAUCCUACUGCAUUGGACUUCCGCUGGCGGAUCAUGAGCUGCUCACGGCCACAGCGAUUUGCUCGGAGGGCAGGGAUCGCGUCCGCACCCUGUGCCAGGAGAUCUACGGCGGUCAUUUCGUGAACAACGACAACACCCUGGUGCGACUCUCCAAACAAGUUGCCAAGAGCAAGGGCUACUUCGCCGUGCAUCCGCUGACAUUUAACUUCUAAGCCCAGCUGGUAGUUAAGUUUAUUAUUGCCUUUACGAUUAAAGUAAAUACUUGUUAUUGAUAA